AUUUCAAGCUUUGAAGAGAAGCUGGCACCGGUGGUUUUGUGGGCUGUGCUAAGAGUUGCUGCAGGCAGCUGAGCAGAGGGCAUGGAAAAGCUGGAAAGCCACGACAUGAAUGCAGUGACCUAUGAUGAUGUACAUGUCGACUUCACCCAGGAAGAAUGGGCUUUGCUGGAUCCUUCCCAGAAGAGUCUCUACAAAGAUGUGAUGCUGGAGACCUACAGAAACCUCACUACUAUAGGAUACAGUUGGGAAGACCAUAAUAUUGAAGAACAUAGUCAAAGUUCUAGAAGACAUGAAAGGCAUGAAAAAAGUCAAACUAGAGAGAAAACUUCUGUAUAUACUCAAUGUGUUAAAGCCUUUGCAUGUGACAGUCAUCUUCACAGUCAUGAAAAAACAGAUACUAGAUUAAAACCCUAUGAAGAAAAUGAGUGUGGUAAAGCCUUUUUACAUCACAGUCAUAUUCAAAUGCAUAAAAGUACAUACACUGGAGAGAAACCCUAUGAAUGUAAUCAGUGUGGUAAAGCCUUUGUACAGCACAAUAAUCUUCAACGUCAUGAAAGAACCCAUACUGGAGAUAAGCCCUAUGAAUGUACUCAGUGUGGUAAAGCCUUUGCACGUCAUAGUCAUCUACAAAGGCAUGAAAGAAGACAUACUGAAGAGAAACCCUAUAAAUGUAAUCAGUGUGGUAAAGCCUUUGCACGUCAUAGUCAUCUACAAAAUCAUGAAAGACUACAUACUGGAGAGAAACCCUAUAAAUGUAAUCAGUGUGGUAAAGCCUUUGCACGUCAUAGUCAUCUACAAAGUCAUGAAAGACUACAUACUGGAGAGAAACCCUAUAAAUGUAAUAAGUGUGGUAAAGCCUUUGCAUGUCAUAGUCAUCUACAAAAACAUCAAAGAACCCAUACUGGAGAGAAACCCUAUGAAUGUAAUCAGUGUGGUAAAGCCUUUGUAUGUCGUAGUUCUCUACAAAGGCAUGAAAAAAGCCAUACUGGAGAGAAACCCUAUGAAUGUAAUCAGUGUGGUAAAGCCUUUACACAGCUCAGAAAUUUACAAAAUCAUGAAAGAAGCCAUACUGGAGAAAAACCCUAUAAAUGUAAUCAGUGUGGUAAAGCCUUUGUUGGUCAAAGUAAUCUUCAAUAUCAUGAAAGAACCCAUACUGGAGAGAAACCCUAUGAAUGUAAUCAGUGUGGUAAAGCCUUUGUCUGUCACAGUUCUUUACAAAAUCAUGAAAGAAGCCAUUCUGGAGAGAAACCCUAUGAAUGUAAUCAGUGUGGUAAAGCCUUUGCACAGCACAAUAAUCUUCAACGUCAUGAAAGAACCCAUACUGGAGAGAAACCCUAUGUAUGUAAUCAGUGUGGUAAAGCCUUUGUAUGUCAUAGUUCUCUACAAAGUCAUAAAAAAAGCCAUACUGGAGAGAAACCCUAUGAAUGUAAUCAGUGUGGUAAAACUUUUGCUCAUCACAGUAAUCUUCAAAGGCAUGAAAGACUACAUACUGGAGAGAAACCCUAUGAAUGUAAUCAGUGUGGUAAAACUUUUGCUCAUCACAGUAAUCUUCAAAGGCAUGAAAGACUACAUACUGGAGAGAAACCCUAUGAAUGUAAUCAGUGUGGUAAAGCCUUUGUAUGUCGUAGUUCUCUACAAAGGCAUGAAAAAAGCCAUACUGGAGAGAAACCCUAUGAAUGUACUCAGUGUGGUAAAGCCUUUGCACGUCAUAGUCAUCGACAAAGGCAUGAAAGACUACAUACUGGAGAGAAACCCUAUGAAUGUAAUCAGUGUGGUAAAGCCUUUGCUCAUCACAGUUAUCUACAAAUUCAUGAAAGAAGCCAUACUGGAGAGAAACCCUAUAAAUGUAAUCAGUGUGAUAAAGCCUUUACACAGCACAGAAAUCUUCAACAUCAUCAAAGAACCCAUACUGGAAAGAAACAUGAAUGUAAUUAGUGUGGUAAAGGCUUUGUUUAUCAUAGUCAUCUUCAAAGACAUGAACUAACACAUGCUGGAGAGAAAUCCUAUGAAUGUAACGAGUGUGGUAAAGCCUUUUCACUUCACAGUACUCUUCAAAUGCAUAAAAGAUCACAUACUGGAGAUAGAAUCUAUGAAUGUAAUCAGUGUGGUAAAACCUUUACAUAUAUGAAUAAUCUAAAUCAUGAGAAAAAAAAUCAUACUGCAGAGAAACCCUAUAAAUGUAUCCAGUGUGAGAGUUUUGUACUUUAUAUAGGAGUAAAACUUUUUGUGCAACAAUCUGUUAAAAUCUUUCCAUAUUGCAAUAGAUAUUGACAACCUGAAAAAGAUACUAAGGACUUAUUAUUAUAAAGUAUUUCAUAAGAUCUUUAGCCAAAACACUUAUAAUCAGCUACACAAUGAUUUGGGAUUCUCCUCUGUAUUCUGUGAAUGUAUUUUGUUACCAUUGUUUAAUAAAGAAGCUUCUUUGGGCCUCUGGCAGGGCAGAAUAGA